UCGAGAGGACGUGGGGAAGUGAACGCCUGGAUAAAACUUUCGAUAAAUUCGUUUAAGUUGAAGUAAAUGCGUCAGGGUACUGCUUAUUAGACUCAGGAGAGACUGGGGCUACUUUAGAAUAGAAAAUGUCUGGGCAAGCGCCACAGCGGGUCCGUCGAAUCGCGUCACCAUCAACAAAACAGGGGCCGAUAAAAGCUGUGAAAGCUUUCACGCUGAUGCAUGGCAGCCCUACCAGAGGUGUCUCCAGAAACAGUCCAUCGUCCUCACCCACAUCUAUUUUGACAUCGGAAACUCACAGAAUAAAAAGCCACAGGCGGUCUCCGGACAGUCGAUCAUCUCCUGAGAGACGAAGUCCAAAUUCACCAAGUUUUAAAGUUGAGAGACCAAAAGCUGUGCGGUUAAGCCCUGCAUCGUCGUCGGGUUUGAGGCGGACAGGGUCACUGGACACACUUCGUACAGGGUCCUUAGAUGCUGUGGGUCCAUAUCUUACAGGGCAGUGGCCCAAGGACAAAACCUCUGUAACGUCUUACCAUCAUUACCAGACUGCUGGUCUGCUCUCCUGUGAUAAGUCCACCCAGACGCCUGAUGACUGGGAGGUUCCCUCGACAACUGAGGGGAAGAGAAAAGGCCACAAGAGGUCUGCCUCACUGGGAAAUGGGGAUCAAAUUAAAGAAUUCCGACAGAGAUUACAGAGAGGCAGCAAACAGAGUGAAACGACCAAGCAGAGGCAGAGUCCCAUCCCUGGGAACCACCUGGCUCUGUCCACAGCCCCACCCUCCUCCAACUACAUGCAGUCUAAAGCUAUUGUGAUUCCCACAUACAUUCCCAAGUCCAAUGGGCCCAGGGCUUACCCCAGAAAUAGUGUGGAGGGUCUCAAUCCAAGGCUUGACAGUCGCAUCAGUUCACAGGCUUCUGGAAGACGAAUGGGCUCUAGUAUGGCCACGCAUGCAGGGGCUGUCCUCGCCCUUCUACCAGCGGGCAGUUCACUAAGGCUAAUCCCAUAA